AUGUUAGGCCUAUGUUUUGUGGUGCUAGCCACAUUUAUAGCACUGACUGAAGCAGAGGGGUCAUGUCCACCCACACUAUCAGUAGACAAAUGUGAAGCACACUGUGGACCAAGUGUGCCAUGUAACGGCACCCAGCUCUGCUGUCCCACUGCUUGCGGGGGAGCUAUGUGCGUGGAUGCGAUGACGCAGAGGCAUUUUGUUAAUUUAGAGAAAAAAGGCCGUUGCCCAGAAUAUCCACGAGGUGCGUGGGUGUGCAGCCACACCUGUACAGGGGACUCGGACUGCCCCCGAGCUCUUAAGUGCUGUCCAAACAGAUGCGGCGCGCUCACCUGCCAGCGACCAGAAGCCGAAGAUAUUCCUCAACCUCUA